AUGUCAGAGAAUACAUUUGGAAAUAGUAGCCAAGAUGGCAACGAUAUCAUAGAAGAGCCCAAGGGCUAUUCUAUCUAUGAUGCACUAAGUACCAAUAAUAUAAAGCAGCUGAACGAAGUGGUGGAAAAAUUAGAAGACAAAGUUAAAGAGACUAUUCAAACAAGAAUUGAAAACCAGAAUGAUCUUAAGAAAUUCAUGGUCAAAAAGGGAGAGGAGAUUAAAUAAGACUUUAUUUAGCGAUUUUCAAACAAAAUCACAAGAACUUGACCAGAAACUUGAGAAUUUCAUGAUUAAACUUGAUAAAGUAGAGAAGGAUACUGUUGAUACAAUCGAUAGUUGUAGGCAUCAGAUAAAGUCAUUUAAGGAAGGCACUCAAUCUGAAAUAAAGGAAUUAUCCUCUGAAAUGUCAGAGAGAAAUGCUAAAAUUAUGCAGCAGAAAUAACAAACUUUACAGAGACAGUGUCGGCUUAAGGAGAUAUGCAGAGAAAAGUUUCGAAGAGAUUAAAGAAAACAGAGUCAAUAAGCUCAAGGAAUGCAAUGAUAUCAUUGACCAAUUCGAAUCCAAAAUGAUCGAAGACCAAGAGGAAUUCCAGACCCAAGUAUUUGAUGAACUCAAUGGCAUCAAGAGCUCCUUAGUCGAUGAGAGAGAACUCAGGAUUGAAAGUGAUAAUAAAUUAUUGGAAGAAGUUAGCACGCUAGUGCAAAACCUCAUGAAGACGGAUGAUUAAGAUAAUUAACAAAAAUCAAUUGA